GUCACAUGGCGGUUUUUCUCAGCGUUUUUGUCCACAGGUAAUGAAAAUGAGCACUGGCCCAAAUCAGAGGACUUUGUUCCAGACUUGGGGUGCCGCCGUUUCCCAGAACAAGUUUGUUCAACCCAAAGAAGAUAGCGAGAAAGCCGCUGAACGGCGCAGAGCAACCUCAAGCAACACUGCUCAGGUAGCUACAACACAUCCUCCUCGAAAUCCCUUAUGGACUGAAAUAGGUCAGGGUUCCACAUACACAUCAGAGAACCCAGCGAGGACAGGGGACCCCGUACCUGCUAAUGAAGAUGAAGAUGACGACGAUGAUCUUAUGGUGGUGGCUGUUUACGAAGCUGAAAAGAGGCUGCAGUCUGAUAAUGCAAACUUUUUUCAAGAUGACAACCCUGUAGAAACAGAGAGCAGAGCCCUCUCUCCCACCCCGUCAGGUGGGAAGACUUAUCCAGACUUCCCUGGCUUUGACAGUUCCUCAGCUAAAGUAUGGAUCUACCCCACGAACUACCCCAUCAGGGAGUACCAGCUGAAGAUAUCAGAGGCGGCCCUGUUUCAGAAUACCCUGGUGUGUCUCCCCACUGGUCUGGGAAAAACCUUUAUAGCCUCUGUGGUUAUGUACAACUUUUACCGCUGGUAUCCAUCAGGGAAGAUUGUAUUCAUGGCUCCCACCAAACCCCUGGUGGCGCAACAGAUUGAGGCCUGUUAUAAAGUGAUGGGGAUUCCACAGGCACACAUGGCUGAGUUGACAGGUAGCACAGCUGCAAAGCAGAGGCAGGAGCUGUGGAAGUCCAAGCGUGUCUUCUUCCUCACCCCUCAGGUCAUGGUGAAUGAUCUGACCAGAGACACCUGCCCGGCUCAGCAGGUCAAGUGUGUGGUGAUCGAUGAAGCCCACAAAGCACUGGGCAACCACGCCUACUGUCAGGUGAUCAGACAGCUCAGCAGCCAGUCCCUGCAAUUCCGCAUCCUGGCUCUAAGUGCAACUCCAGGGGGAGAUUCAAAGUCGGUGCAGUCGGUGAUCUCUAAUUUGCUCAUCUCCCACAUUGAGCUGCGCUCUGAAGAAAGCCCAGACAUCCAGGCUCAUUCCCACCAACGCUGCGUGAACAAAGUGGUGGUUCCUCUGGGAGAGGCCCUUUCUGCUCACCAGGCGCGCUACCUGCAGGUGCUGGAGAAAUUCAUGUCUCGUCUGGUCCAGAACCGGGUGAUGGCACAUAAGGACCUGAAGACUCUCACCAAAUACCAGCUCAUCCUCGCCAGGGACCAGUUCCGCAAAAACCCACAGUCAUACAUCAAGGGUCCACAGCAGGGAAUGCUGGAGGGCGACUUUGCCCUUUGUAUCAGUUUGUACCACGGCUACGAGCUGCUGAUGCAGAUGGGGCUCCGUUCUCUCUUUUUUUACAUCCAGGGAAUCAUGGACGGGUCCAGAGAAAUGUCCCGGGCGAGGAACGAGCUGCAGAGGACACCCACAUUCAUGCACCUCUACCAUGAGAUGGAAGCAAUGUUUGUGAAGCCAUCUGCUGGUCCAGAUGAGCCAUUCAUUUACAGUCACCCCAAACUGGAGAAACUGGAGGAUGUGGUGCUGCAGCACUUCAGACUGUGGCCUGACAACUCAGCAGACAAUAAUGGUUCAGGUUCUCGGGAAGUGAGCACUCGCGUGAUGAUCUUUUCAUCGUUCCGUGAAAGCGUACAGGAGAUUGCAGCCAUGUUGAACCGCCACGCUCCGCUGAUCAGGGUCAUGACCUUUAUGGGCCAAGCCUCGGCUGGAAAGGGGGUCAGAGGCUUCACACAAAAGGAACAGCUGGAGGUGGUGCACAGGUUCCGUCAGGGAGGCUUCAACACUCUGGUGUCGACCUGCGUGGGUGAAGAGGGGCUGGAUAUCGGAGAGGUGGACCUCAUUGUUUGCUUUGAUGCUCAGAAGAAUCCUAUCCGCCUUGUGCAGCGAAUGGGACGUACUGGGCGUAAGCGACAGGGACGCAUUGUUGUCAUCCUGGCUGAGGGACGAGAGGAGAGAACCUACAAUCAGAGCCAGAGCAACAAGCGCAGCGUGUACAAGUCCAUCAUUGGUAACAAAAGCGGCUUCCACAUGUACCCCAACAGUCCCCGUAUGCUGCCUGAGGGAGUGAACCCCACCCUGCAUAAGAUGCACAUUACCUGUGGCCAGUUUGACAACCGGGAGAGCAGAAGGAAGUCUGUCAAGGGUCGACGGUCCUACUCUGAAGGACGGGCCUCACUCAUCCACCCUCAAAACCUGAUUUGGCAGGGCAGUGCAACGUCAGACGGAUUUCUGAGCAGUACAGAAUAUUCCCUGUGGGCGUCCACCAUGAGGCUGGAGCAAGAUGAAGCUCAUCCAACCUUGAAGCAGUCACACUUCGUGUCCAUACCCAGUGAUCUACCACCUCAGGAGGAAGUUUCCGAAAACAGGCCCCCAUCCAGAGAGCUCUCUUUGUGGGAAUGGAGACACUGGCAGCACAAAGUGUUUCCCACCCAUGCUGUUGAUCAUUCCCUCCGCUGUCACCACUUCAUUAAGGUGAUGGAGCUCAUAGACGGCAUGAGAGAGGAAAAUGAGGGGGAAUGCCGUUACGAACAGGAGCUUCUUCCUUACCUCCAUAAAGCUGAUGCUCCUGGCCACGUAAAGUAUAGAGGGAAGAAGAGCGCAAAGACCCGUACUAACACUACCAACAACAAGCCCAAACUGUCUCACUCGACAUUGUCUGAAUGUAUUGACGAGGAAGCUGAGAGAACGAGUUUAGUGUCCAUGUUAGCUGUCGCAAAACAAAGACUUCCUGUCGAACAUGAGACUGAAGCACCCUAUGAAGACUUCACAGAUCACCCAAGACCUGAGGCUGUUUGUCCUGUUCCCUCAAAAAAUGACUGUCCAGAAGCUGACACGGAUGAUGACUGCGCCAUUAUUAACGAGGAUGUCAUAAAAUCAGAUCGUACAGUGAGAGAGCCUAUAAGCUUGGACAGUAUUACACAGCAAGUUACAAAAACUGAUGAAGAUGAAGAUGUUGAGCUUCAGGCCAUGUUCUACUGUCCUAAAGGAGUUUCAGCACCUCCUUCUUCCGCUGCUGAACUCCGCCCAAGGAGAGAUGAGAGUCUGAAGGGCAUCCUGGCCAACGUGGCGGAGCUCCUGUCCCGAUCUCCACUGUCACCGACUGCGGAGGCUGACAUGGCAGCUCUGCCACUUCCUCCCUCUCCUCAGCAGCUUCAUCUGCCAUUUCAGGUCAGCUUUAGCCUGGAUGUAGAUGAUGAUGAUGAUGAUGAUGAUGAUGAUGGUGUAGUGACGAUGAGCGAUGCUGACAAUGUCUCCCCAUGGGUACAACCAUACCAGCCUCCAGGGGGUGAAGAGGAAAGUAAAAAUGGUUGGCCUCAACAGGAGCAGCGGGUUGCCCCUACGGCAGCUGACAGUCCGACCUGGGAUGAGGUUUUUGCAGACGAAGAAGUAAAUGAUGAUCAUCACAUCAGGGAAGACGCCUGGGAGACAGACGACGAAGCUGAAAAGAAUAAGGAAAUAAAAAGUAGCAAUGACAAGAAGAGUGAGGAAAAAGACAGCUGGGAUGAUGUGAGGAAUGAGGAAAUGCCAGACUUGACGGAUGGAGGUGUAAAGGACGACAGGGCCUCACAGUGCAGCUCUCAAACGGACAAGAGCAUGGAUCUGUUUGGGGAUGACGAAGCCUUCCUGCAAAUGACCAUCCCAGACAUCUCCACUCCCGGCACCACGCCCAUGACAUCCCUUUGUGCCGGAGACAUUUCUAAUAGCACAAAGAAGAAGUCUAACACUUCACAAAUGCAUAACACAACAAACCCAUGUAGCACUAUUCACACAACAGACAGCACACAUAGAUUACACACAGUGCAGGCAGAUGAAUUAGCACUUACAAAGCACAUAACACAUACACCACAUGCCAAGCUGAUAACUGAGGAUGCAAACACUUAUAACACUACAAAACAUUACACCCACACAGCAGCACCAAGUAAACCUGUAACAGACAAUGUAAUUACUGCUCAUUGCAAUUCUCCCACAGCGCAACAAAAUGCACUUGAGUCACGUGACAGCUCUCAUGACUACUUCUCCGUCAACUUUGACCUUGGCUAUUCACUGGAGGACUCCGAGGAUGAAGCAGAUGUAGAGGCUGUUCCUGCCCCAUGUGUGUUGACUUUUCCACAGUCUAAAGAGCAAGUCGGCUCCCCAGUGUCUUUGCCGGCCGUCUCUAACUCUUCCACUCCCUAUAACAGCCUCGCUAGACAGAGAAUGCCUGUACGACUCAGUGAAUCUAAAUUAUCUACACCUCAAAUGUAUACAGAGCAUAGGAAGAGAGAAAUGUCCUCUCAUCUGAUUUCACCUUUGACAUCUAAAGGCGGGGCACUCCCAUCUCCAAUCACUUCAGUGGGAGCAAGGCGGAUGCUGCUGCCCAGUCCAGCUGGGCCUCACACACCGCCUUUACUCUCUAGCUUGAAAAGGAGACGACCGGCGAGUCACACCUCCGAUGUCAAGAGAGGGCCAGGUGGGGAAAACAAGUCACAUCAGGGAUCUGUUUGUGUGUCUGACUCCCCUCCUCAUCCAGGGCGAUGCAACAGCGACAGUGAAGAUGAAGUUGUGGUUCUUAAAAGACGAAAUCAGAACAAGGUCAACCCCCUGUCAUCCCCAGAAGUGUCCAUUAUCUCCAGCGACGUGGACUCUCCGGUGGUUGUGAACAGGAAACGUGCAGCUGCACUUAAUACUUCUGAUGAAACCGAGGGCGAAGCUGCUUCUGAUGACGAUUUCCAGAACGAGAGCGCGUUCACGUGCCGAACCACGGCACAGGGAGCUCAGAGGAAGCGAGUCCAGCAGGCCAAAGCCAAGCACACCAUAUGUCGAAAAGGACGUCAUUUCCUGGAUGAAGAAGCAGAGGUGUCUGAGGACGAGGAGGGGACAGGUGUGUCAUCUGAUGAAGAGGAUGGAGACGAGGAGAACCAGUCUCUUGAUGGAUUUGUGGUCGACAACACUCACUUCUCCCAGGGACUGAAUGACUCAGAGAUGCAUGGGGUUUACUUGAAGUCAGUGAAAAGCCCUGCAGUCCAGGGCAGGUUCAAAAUGUCUUACAGAAACCACCACUAUGACAUCUUUUCCCAGGUGCCUGAGAUGGAUGAAACAUACGCAGAGGACAGCUUUGUGGUCGGCAGUGAGGUGGAGGAGGUGGAGAGCAGCGAGGAAGAGGCUGAAGAUGUUGAGCUCAUGCCUGAGGACUCGUAUGUGGACGGUAGGAAGCAGUAUGCCACCAGACGGCGUGUUUUCCUGCACAAAGUCAGAGCAGGAGCUGGAGCCGGAGCUAAGACCAGGGCUGAGGCUGCACCUGGGGUGAAAACCAAGCGUACCCGGGUCAUAUGCAUUAAUGAUUCUAGUGAUGAGGAGACAGACAAAGGCAAUAAAGAGAGAAGUCUUAUAACAGGAGGGGAUGUUGCUGUCCCUCUGCGGCCAAAGGCGGCACAGCCAGAGCUCAGCAGGCCUCACCAGAAAGCCCCCUCCUCCUCGUCUUCAACCAUUGCAUCCAAGGUCUCAUUGUUGAGUAAACCACAAGGGAGCUCAGUGAGUGAACAGCAAAAUGAGAGGUGUCGCCAGAGGUUAGAAAAUCAGCAUCUCCUCUCUGAUGAGCUAGACUUUGUGGAGUCAGAGUCAUUGUUAUCCUCCAAGAAUCAACCCAAGGCACCUGCUGCCACCUCCUCAGCUCCUCAGCUGCUGACAUCCAUCAAUCAGGAUGUGUCAGUCAGCGAGCCCCCUGCUCCACCCGGAUCUGUUUGCAUUCUGGUGGACAGUCGCUGCAUCACCACCGGAGUGGAGUUGAUGACCAUCCUGCGUCAGCGCCACAGAGCUACCAUCCACGUCUGCUCACUGGAUGGCAGCUACUUCAUCGUCAGCAAUCGCAUGGCAGUGGAGAGGCACAGCCAAUCAGAUCUGGCCGCAAUGCAGAACCGGAAGCGACUGGCCGAAAGAGUGAUCAGUUUACAGGGAUUGUUUGAGCGUGUUUGUCUGAUUGUGGAGAAGGACCGAAUGAAGCCAGGUGAGGUGUCACGUCCGUUUCAGCGAACGCGGUACUAUGACAGCACAUUAGCGGGGCUGGUGUGUGCCGGGGUUCGCUUGUUGUGGAGCAGUGGCGCUGAAGAGAGUGCCGGCUUGCUGGCAGACCUGGCACGCCUGGAGCAGCGUAAAGGUCAGGGUAUCAGUGUACCGCUGGAGGUCAAAGGGCAGAACAGGCAGCAGGCCCUGCAGCUGUACUUGAGCCUGCCUUCAGUUAACUAUGCACAUGCUCUCAACAUGAGCCACAACUUCAGGUCAAUUGCCCAACUAAUAAACAGCUCCACUGAAGCCAUACAGAAAGAAGGCUGUAUGAGUCAGUCCAGAGCUGAGGAGAUCUACCGCUUCCUGCGCUACUCCUGUGACUCCUCCCUCAUGAGCACAUCAAAAGCAGGAAAAACCAGUAAGCAGCCUGGGGGAGACAGACUGUAGGAAUUCCACAAGCUGAAAUCCAUCUCUUUCUUUAAUCCUGUGUAUUUUAUUUCUACCUCUUUUUCUCCACAUUAUAUCUUUCCUUUUCACCAAAGGUUCUUUACCUUUGUUUUGCCUCACUUCUUUGUUUUUAGUCUCACCAGGGACCAGAGAAAGGUAGCUAUUCUGCUAUGCACGGUAGUAUCUGACGUAUCUCAGGAAGUGAGGGAAGAGCCAUGGUUCAGCCUUUUUGCACAACAAGUUGAAGGGGAAAGCCACUCAACUUGAUAUGAACGUUAUAUAAUAAAUUGGCUUUCUUGGUAGAAGGCAUACUUUUUGUUUUAUGCCUUUUUUUUUUUUAAGUGAGUGGCUGGCAGCAGUCCUGUCAGACAGUAUUGGACAACACUGUGAUCACAAGAACUCAAUCGAUAUAUAUGACACUUGAAUAACUUAUUUUUGUUAAAAUUAUGGGUAAAAUGUCAUUUGUUUACAACUGUGCUCAGAAAUGUUAAAAAAAAAAAAAAAGUUGAAUUUCUUUAAUAAACACUGAUAUUUUUG